UUGUCAUAUUUACCCAAGGGAAGGAUGGAGACGGUAGUGACCGGAGAAAUAGGCGGGAUCGCGAGGCGCCCUCAGCACUAUGAGAUCGCCUACAAGUCGUACCUGGACGCGUGUAGUGGACGUCAGUACUACUUACAGCUACUCGGUGAGACGAUCGCAACAGCCUCUGACGGUGAAGUUAACGGCUGUUUCCGUGUGUUAAGCAUCGGUGGUGGGUCGGGUGAAGCCGAUAGCGUCAUUCUCAGAAAACUACAAGAGAUCCACCAUAACACACACGUCAUCGUGGUGGAACCUUCGGAGGACUACAUCUCUGAAUACAAGCACGUAGUAGACAACGAGCUGCACAUCGGCAGGCUGACAUUUGAUUGGCUACAAGAGCGAGCGGAGGAGUACUUCUCCCAGGAGGCUGCGGACAGGUGUCACCUGAUCCACGCCAUCCAUGUUCUGUACCACGUGGAUGACCUCAGCACGACCUUGAUGAACAUGUGGGCUGCCCUCGCUGAUGGUGGGAGCAUGGUUGUAAUGAUAGAAUCAGGUAAAAGCAAUCUCGCCAGGUGGCGCCUGAAAGUCAUGGAAGCUCUUGGCGUGUCCGAGGACAAGCGCCUGGCCACCUGCCUGCGGGUUUCCACUGACGUCAUGAAGAUUCUUGACGACAACAACAUCGACUACAGCGUCACUUCUACGUCACCCGAGGCCAUGGACGUCACCAACUGCUUCAAGAAGGGGUCAGAAUCGGGAGAGUUGCUUCUGGAUUUCUUGAUACAGACGGCUUACGCGUCUCUAAAUCCAGAACUAAGAUCAGUUCUCUUGAAGUAUUUGAAGAGCCAUGAAUUUUCUACUAAGAAUGAUGACAAAGUCAUUAUCACACAGUAUACAGAUGUUAUAGUGGCUAAGAAAAACUGUACAGAGCCAUGAAUUCUUUCAAUUGCUAUGAUAGACACAGUAUAUUUUUAAACUACAAGGUUGGCGAUCAGAUAGAGGGCGCUCUUUGUUGUUAUUAAUUUUUUAAGCCCCUAUAUAUCUGCACUUCGUUUGGAUAUCACAGAACAAUUUUUCUCUGUUGGCUUUUCGUUACAGCUACACGUCGAGGAAUUUUUAGCUCUUUUGUUACCGUUGUCUUAUUAUAUGUAAUAUUUUUACAUAAGUUAACACUUUGUACACAUAUUAAUGAUUUUCUUCUUUGUAACAACACGUUUCAUUCCAUAUGGGGAGCAUGUAUGGUGUUGCGAAAAUAAACUAGACAUCGAAUACACCCCUA